AUGGCCAGCAGCAUCGACAUCUUCCACCAAUACCCCCUGCACCUCGACCCGACCUCCAAAGCCAUCUCGCUGCCGCCCUCAUCCAGCCAAUCCGCCUCUCAAACCACAGCCAUUAACGAAGAGCUGCAAGCCCUCAACAACCUGCACCGCUCACUAAUCGCCCUCGACGCCCCUAACGUCCCCCCUCCGCCACUCCCCAUCAACCCCAAGCGCAGCGCCCAGAUCACCAAGCUCCGUGACACCGCCAACCAGGCCUACCGCAAAUCCAACUACGCCGAGGCCGUCAAGCUCUACACCUACGCCAUCGAUAUGGCUCUGAGUCGUCCCGGCUGGGAACCCGUCAAUCUGGUCCGCGACGAGUUAGCCGGCCUCUACGCCAACCGCUCGCAGGCGUACAUGGCGCAGCAGGCCUGGCCCGAGGGAAUGUUGGAUGCCAAGGCUAGCUGUGAUUCCAAGCCUGUUGCGAAUGUGAAGGCUUGGUGGCGCGCGGGCAAGUGUCUGGCUGAGAUGGGUCGCUGGGAGGAGGCUAAGACUAUUCUCGAGCGCGGACUGGACGUUGAGGGGAAGACUGGUGAGGGUGGGAAGGAACUAGGGGCGUUGUUGGAGGAGGUUCAGGCGAGACUACAGAAGUCGGCAUAG